AGAAAAAAAGAAAAAAAGAAAAAUCAAAUUUCAAUGUCAUUAUCACUUGUUCGUUAUCUCUCAAGAAUGCGUAUAAAAUGGAAAGAAAAAGAAAGAAAAAGAAAUGUAUACGAUAUUAACGUUAAUCGAUCGAUAAUAUCUUGAAUACAUACAAACAAUCCAAAUUUAUACACACACACACACACACACACACACACACACACACAUGUACAUAUUGGAUUCCAAUCCAAAUUGUAUGAUUAAUCGGACAGUGACAGUAUCGACAAAAUUGAUUGAAUCGAAAGGGAAUUUUUGCAAGCAAAACUCUACAGGAAAAAGUAUCCGAUGUCCUUGCCCGUGAAAAAGAUCAACUCGGUUGAUUACUCUGAAGGUGGUGAACAAGUUGUGGUACUCUUGCUACGCAAAAUGAGGUCAUUUCAAAGACGUUGAUCUUCGUACGAGACCCGUUUGUCCUGGAAAGGUGAAAUACGAUCGAAAGGAGCUCGUAGGAGGAGCAAAAGAAAGAAACGAACGAAGGAAGGGAGAGUACAAGGGUGGGACAAUCUGAGAGAUCAGGUCGUUGUUCAAAGUACGAUCGCGAGAUCUUACUCGAAUCUACGAUUUCGAAUGAUCUAUCGAAUUCCCCACGCUCUCGUGAUCAGCUGCACGUGGUAUCCCACUACUUAGCUAGCCGGAAAUCGAAGUUGUCUCAGCUUUUACAUUUUGGCCUCAUUUGACGUGUUAACCUCACUCCACGAACGUCUUCCACCUCUCCUAAGGGGUUUCGACCAUCACUUCUCUUCCCCUUCUUCUUUCACGAUUACCUUCCGUGGACCCACGACCAAGGUUAUAAAGUACACCGGUCACUUCAACGCGAGGCGCUGCCACAUUGCCGAUCGACGUCGUCUUCAAUAUCGCUGUCCUCAUCAUCGGCACAGCCCUGCUAUACGAAAACGACGAUUCCUCGGCAGGAUUUUGGCAAAGUCAGCGGUCUUCCUACUUCGUACUUUUUCUUCUUCUUCUUCUUCUUCUUCUACUUCUUCUUCUUCUUCUUCUUCUUCUUUUACUGCUAUUGCUACUUCUCGCUAUUUCUUCUUCUUCCUGUUUUUCUUCUUCUUCUUCAAACAUUUUUUCUUUUUGUUCUUCUUCAACUAUUUCUUCAUUGAGAAGAGUGAUUUCAACGUUCGGUUUCAUGCGAGGCUCUUGACAUUGUGUUACCAUUUCAAGAGAGGAUACAAAUUGAUAUACAUACACAUAUAUAUAUGUAAAUAUAUACUGUAUAGUAUUAAAAGUAAGAUCUCUUGAGAUUUCAAUUUGGUGGCUAGAAAGUCAGCAAGUAUCGUGCUUGAAGAUUGGCUUCAUUUUAUCGGGGAGAAUUGAUUCUGCAAGCCGAGACAAUGGCGAGCUUUAUUAAUUCAACGACGACACUUAUCAAUGACGUCUACGAUUAUUAUCUCUGGACUCUCUCUUUAGCAGACGAAAGAACGAGAGGAUGGCUGCUAGUCGAUUCACCAAAACCAACUUUAAUAUACACGAUGCUGUACCUCAUGAUCGUUUGGGCUGGACCAAAGAUCAUGAAAAAACGAAAAGCUUUUAAGCUUACUUGGGCUCUCGUACCAUACAAUCUUGCCAUGGCUUGUCUCAAUGCUUAUAUUGCCAUUCAACUUCUCGUUGCUUCUACAAGGUUACGAUAUAGCUACGUUUGUCAACCAAUUAGACACAUAACACGUCCAGAUGAAAUGCAGAUCGCACACGCGGUAUGGUGGUACUACUUUAGCAAGCUCUUAGAAUUUUGUGACACAUUCUUCUUUAUUUUACGUAAGAAGGACAAUCAGUUGAGCUUCCUGCACGUCUAUCAUCACUCGACGAUGUUUUCCCUUUGGUGGAUCGGUAUCAAAUGGGUUCCAAGUGGAUCCACUUUCUUACCAGCUAUGGUAAACAGUUUCAUCCACGUGUUGAUGUAUUCGUAUUAUGGGUUAGCUGCUUUGGGUCCCUCGGUUUCCAAAUAUCUUUGGUGGAAGAAAUACUUGACGAUUCUCCAAUUAAUCCAAUUUACAACGGCUCUGAUUCUUGGCAUUAAUGGUAUUCGAUCAGGCUGCGAUUUCCCUCUUUGGAUGCAGUAUGCACUCGUCAUUUAUAUGAUAUCAUUCAUUGUUCUAUUUGGAAACUUUUAUGCUAAGGCCUAUAUCGCCAAGGGUAAACAAGCGUACGCGGAGAGACAGUUGGAGAGGCUGAAGACAAAGAAAUCGAAGAUGGUUGAAAACGAGAAGAAAUCCGAAGGAGUAGUCAGUAACGGAAUACUUACAAAUGGACACGUUAAUGGAUAUGCAAAUGGCGUUACGAAAAGGAAGGCUUAGCUCGAGUGAUCUUUGAGGAUCUUCGAGGAUCUUUUUUCUUAAAAAAAAGGAAUCACUCGAACUGUUUCAUAGAAUUUAAUGGAGGAAGAGACAUCUUGAGAGCCAAAGAGAGCCAUUUAGAACGAAGAAAAAGAAAAGAAAAAGUAUAUAUAAAUUAAAAAGAAAAGGAAAAAAAGAAAAGAAAAAAGGAUAGAGAGGACGAUUCUUCGUAUUCUUAAUUUUUUUUUUUUUUUUAUUCAUAUUCAUCAUCAUCGUCAUCGUCAUCGUCAUCGUCAUCGUCAUCGUCAUCGUUAUCAUCAUCGUCAUCAUAAUCAUCGUCAAGAUCAUCGUAUCGUUCAAAAAAAGCAUCGAACUCGGCUACUCUUCUUCCUCUUCAAUUUUUCGAUCGAUCGAUCCCGUCUCGUGUUCUCCAAGUUACCGGCCUGCGGCUUUUCUUCUCCGCGAUCGGCAAACUCAUUCUUCUAAUCGUCGAUCCGAAGGAAUUGUACAUAUAAUAUUAGUAUAUUACAUAUAUAAAUAAAUAAAUAUAUAUAUAUACAUACAUAUAUAUAUAUAUAUAUAUAUGUAUA